ACCUGUAAACCCAGUUUAAGUUGAGUUGAGUUUGUGAGCACAAUCAACAUCACCAUCACAAUAUUAAGAAAAAAAGAGCAACAUUUUGUGAUUUUGCCAGGAAAGCUUUUCUCUCGUUUAAUUUUUCCAUGUUUUUAUCUUAACCAAUAAAAAGCAAACUUGAGGGCCCGUUUAUCAGUUGCGAUCGACAAAUCAUCAAAUCUCUUUUGUGUUACUUUGUUUCUUCUGUUGAAAAUUAAUUAACUGUUUAUUUUUUGGUCACCAAGAACAACGGUUAUAUCAAAUUGCCAACAAUUUACCGUAAAAUUGUCAAAACGUCUUUUUAACCAAACAUGUUACCCGGGACUCUUAACUCUGUUAAUCUUAACAGUAUCAAUGGAUCCAAUAUGAUAUCCUCUGGAGUUUCAUCAAACCUUUCAACAACCAUUAACAAUUGUAACAGUCACACUUCCCUUGAUGGUAUGACAAUAAUUUCUUCAAUCACAUCAUCUUCACCUUUAUCAUCUGGAAUCAUAUCAUCAUCAAUGAUCACAGGUUGUCCAAGUCCAUCUUUAUCAACAUCAUCGUCUUGUCUAUCAUCGACCUAUGAUCCUCUAGAAUCAUUGUGGCCAAAAGAGAUUGAUGAAUUUUCCAACCUCGCUCUUCAAGCUUGCCAUCAAGAAGUUAAACGAGUCUCGGACAAUCUUGGCAUUUCACCAGAUCCAUUCACCUGGACUGUAAAUGAUGUGCUUUCAUGGCUAUCCUGGCAAGUCAAACAAUCUGGCCUUCCAAUGUUCCCUCUCCAUUAUUUUCAAAUGGACGGAAUGACAUUGUGUUCCCUGAGUGAACAAGAUUUCAAAAAUCGAGCUCUUUAUUGUGGUGAUGUUCUUUAUGCUCAACUUGAAAUUUGGAAGACACUGAGUGAACAAAAAGCAUGUAAAGAAUCAGACAUGAUUGUUACCAGUGAUUAUGGCUCUGAAGGAACCCAAAGUGAUGAUGAACUCAGUCAAGAUGGAGCUUGCGAGGUUUCCUCUCCCAGUUCAGUCUUGUCAUCAUCGUCAUCCUCCUCUUCCUCCACCUCAAGUCCCGGAAACCCUGUCAAUGGGUCAAACCGUAAUACCGGUUCUCAUAUUCAUCUGUGGCAAUUUUUAAAGGAACUCUUGAGUCAACCUCAACAGUAUGGAAGCUGUAUCCGCUGGUUGGACCGUACUAAGGGUAUCUUUAAGAUUGAAGAUUCCGUUCGAGUGGCCAAACUGUGGGGUCGACGAAAGAACCGUCCAGCCAUGAAUUAUGAUAAACUAUCUCGAUCCAUUCGACAAUAUUACAAGAAGGGAAUCAUGAAGAAGACAGAGAGAAGUCAAAGGCUUGUUUACCAGUUCUGUCAGCCAUACUGUUUUUAAGCGCAACAUUUCGCCUCAACAAACUGACCAACCCACCUAAUCAUGUUUUUUAUAAGAUAAAGAAAUCAUCACAAUUUAAAAGUGAAUCACUCUUUUCCAGGCUGGUUUCCCUGGAAAUUUGUAAAUCACUUGGUAACUGUAGACACAUUAGUGUCUCUCAUCACGUAUCAAUUUUUUGUCAACAAACGAAGGUAUUAUUCGUAUUGUUUUUUUUGUUUCAUUAACCAAUCAUAACACUAAUUCACUACUGACCAUCAUACGAUAACCCAUCAAACCACCCUCUAAACCCACCUCAAAGUCCCUCAACAGUUGCGUUCAUCUUGAACAGUCUUGAUGGUUUACCUCAACUAUCAAUAUCAUUGCCAACAUGAUAAAAGACAGUAUCAAAGACUGUUUUUGUUUUUCAAUUUAAGCCAAAAUAUUUGCUCAUCUUGUUCGGUGAUGGAUUAAUCUUUUCAUGACUCCCAUCAGGAUUUCACUUGAUAACUAAUUAGUAAUUAGUUUUGUGUAAUCACAAUUAGAUUAGAUUAGACAAUUGAGAUGUAACUGUUGAACAAACCUUCGCCAUCUAUGGUUGGUCGUAUGAAAUUUAGUGUAAAUGCAAUGGUUAACAAUUUACUAAAUUCAAUUCAAAGAGUUACUUUGAUUGAAUUACAUUUUUUCAUCCCUCAUUCACUCAUUUUUCACAUUCAAUGAAUACUUUUCAUUCAUCAUGGACAAAGUCAUGAAACAAAUGUUCCCCGAAUCCCAAGAAAAUCCUAAAUUCAUUUUUUUGUUUAUUUUCAAAAACUCAAAUAAUAACCAUUUAGUUUAUUGGUUUUUAUACUUUAUCAAUUUUUUAGCCUCAACUGGAUACAAAGGUAAUUCAUUCAUUUCAUUAUUACAUCUUUUAAACAACAUGUUGCCCUAAUAAUUGUUACCAAUUAGACUAUUUACCUUAACAAUUAAUUGGUAUGAAAAUUAAUUGCAAGCCACAAUCAGAUCAUGAACCUUGAACACGCAACAUGAGUUUCCAAUGAUCUUUAAUAUUCAAGUUAAACCUCGUUUUAAACCUCUGUGAUUAACUAACUGGAAACAUGCAACAAUCAAGAAAAAUUAAACGCAACUGUAAGCAGAUGUAAGAUGUAACAAUGAAAUUGAAACCUUCCAGGCUAAAAAAUUUGGUGAAUCAAUUCCCAUAUAUCAAUGAUAUAUCAGUUAAUUGUAUGUUCUAUGAACAUUGUUUACUGUUUCAAAGAUUGGUUAAUCCAUUGAUUAACCUUUCUUGAUUCCUUUAAACCCUAAAUCACCUUAAAGAUGGACAAAGUGAACCCAAAUUGAUCUAAACCUGGAUCCAAUGUUGAUCAACCUCUUUGGCUCCAAGUGCAUUUCAAUCAUUUGACAAUCUUAACUUGAGAUUUAAUGUCAAAGGUUCACCAUCUUUACCGUGUCCCAACCUUUUACCCUUUCACUGCCCAACUCCUCUUGACCAUUUCCCUUACCAAAUAUACAAUUUUAAUUACACAUUGAUCUUGAAAUAUACAACCUUUUUUAUCCCUAUUUACCCACAAACACAAUUCAAGUCAAUUCAAUUCACUUUUGGGUUCAAUGGCAAUAUCAUGUUUUUAUUUUUUGAUACAAUUUAACCCUAAAUUUGCCUCUUUUAAUCACUAUUGUUGAGUUACAAAAAUAUCAACCUCAUGCGAUCUUAUUAAUUGCAAAGGUUUCCUUUUAUACGUUAAUUACGAAACCAACAAUUGACUUUAAUUGUUUGGUUAAAAAUGAUUAUGGAAAGCAAAAGUGUAACUAACGUAUAAAAGGUUAAUAUACUCGCUGUGUUUGAUAUUUCAAUUGUAACAGUAAACCUUUCAAUUUACAUUUGGUUUUCACCAAAAUGAACACUUUUUUAUAUAAAAAUAUACAUUUACAAGUUUCUAUAUUUUUCUGGAUUACAAUUGAAAUCUUUGUCCUAAUGUAUUACAAUUAAGGCUCAAAACAGUUGAUUGUAUCAAUGCAUCAUUUUUACUGGGUAAACUUGAUAAUUUUCAUGUCUUUUUAUUUCUUUGUACAAUAAAAGAUCAAAACAAACAACAAUUAAA